GCGAAAAAGGAAAAUGAGUCCAAACCAACGUUGUUUACAUAGAAUGGAUAAAAGAAAUCCGCGACAAAAAUAUUCCCAUGGAUGGCCCGUUAUUAAAAGAAAAAGCCAGAGAUUUUGCGACAAAAAUAGGAAUACAAGACUUCUCAGCUAGUAACGGCUGGUUUGAGGGUUUUAAAAGACGGCAUGAUAUAGUUUUUAAGACAUUAUCUGGAGAAAGCAAAUCUGUGGAUGUACGUGUAUGCAAUCAGUGGACUAAAGAUCUACCGAAUCUUUUAACAGAAUAUGACCCAGAGGACAUUUAUAAUGCAGACGAGACUGGUUUGUUUUUUAAGUGUUUACCAAACAAAACAUUUGCCUUUCAAGGAGAAAAGUGCCACGGAGGAAAACAAAGUAAGGAACGUAUUACUAUUCUUCAAUGUGCAAAUAUGACUGGUACAAAUAAAUUGCCUUUACUCGUCAUUGGAAAAUCAAAACGACCUCGAUGUUUUAAAGGUGUAAAAACCCUACCUGUAGAUUAUGAAAGCAACUCAAAAGCUUGGAUGACAAGAGGAAUAUUUAAAGGGUGGCUACAGAAAAUUGAUAAAAAUAUGAAGACCAAAAAAAAAAAAUUGUUAUUUUUAUGGACAAUUGCACUGCACAUACAGAUUUACCAACUCUCGCAAAUGUGAAUGUUAUUUUUUUACCUGCCAAUACUACCAGCCACUUGCAACCAUUAGAUCAAGGAGUAAUUCAUGCUUUUAAGAGACAUUAUCGCAAAGAAGUGGUGAAGCAUGUUUUGACAUGUUUAGAAAAAAAUAUGAAGCCUGAAAUAAACGUACUUCUGGCUAUAAAGUUCGCUAGCAAAGCAUGGUACUCAAUAAGCGACGUCACCAUCAAGAAUUGCUUUAAAAAAGCUGGAUUUUGCACUGACGUGGGAAACCAGACAGAAGAAGAUGAUGUUGAAGUCCCUAGUAUCGAGGAUUGGAAUACACUCUUGCCUUGUGAACAUAACAUUGAAAAUCCAACUUUCGAAGAUUUUGUUAGAGUAGAUGACAAUGUGACAGUUACAGGAGAACUCACGGAUAACGACAUAAUAGCCAAUUUAACCACGGCCAAAAAUGAUGAUGAUGACGAUGAUGAUGAUGAUGAUAAUGAAGAUGAUAAUGAAGAAAACAAAAAUUUGACUAAAAGAGAAGAACUUUUUCCAAAUAAACAAGAAACUUUAAAAGCUUUAGAGACUGUUCAUCGUUUCUUGGAAUUUUCUAAAAAUGUUGAUAAGUCUGUUUUCAAUAAAAUUUAUGCUCUAGAGAAAGAAGUUGACAAUAUUAGAAUAAAAAAACAAACGAAAAUGACUGACUUUUUUAAGCAUUUUAAAUAAAUGAUAAUGAUAAUGUGAACUAAAAGAAAAUAACUAAUAAAUUAUAUAAUUAUGUACAAUAAAAUAUUAAUUUGAAUAACAUUUUUUCAUAAACCUCUGUAAGUGAGAAAAAUUUGCUUUUAGACCUCUGUAAGUGAAAACUGGGUAAGUGAGAAACCUCUAUAAGCGAGAGAAAGUUGUCGGUCCCUUGAACUCUCGCUUAUCCAGGUUUGACUGUAU